UCACUGCUGCGGACCUUACUUGCCCGGCGCUGGAUCCCUGUAAGUCAUAUACUCGUCCGGCUCCUCAAUGUUGCAGGGAUCACAUACGGAGAUGCAUCUCUUUUUGGUGAUCGCUUUCUUCCUGACGGUCGCGACAGCCUAUUACAUUUACACCCCACUGCCAAGUGCGAUUUCCGAGCCGUGGAAAGUUAUGCUGCUAGAUGCAGGAAUACGCUUCGUUGUGAAAAUGGGAUACCUUGUGGACGACCUUGGCCUCAGUCACCACACCCGGGUUCUGAACUUUGCCGUGGACCACCUGGAAGUUCUGGCCCCACAUUCGAGUGAGGGGGUGUCCGUCAGUGACACUGUCUUCGCUGGGCUCCAGGUUCGUGUGUUCGAGUCCACCCGGGAGCUGAGGGGGCAGCUGAAGAGGGGCCUGCUCUACUUCCAUGGAGGGGGAUGGGCGAUAGGCAGCGGCAGUAAGUGGAAAGGAGAAACCACAACAAAUAUAGGGAUGCGAUCCUAUGACCAGCUGUGCCGCAGGAUGGCCCAGGAGCUGGACGCGGUCAUUGUGUCCGUUGAUUAUCGCCUGGCUCCGGAUGUGGUCUUCCCAGGUCAGUACCAUGAUGCCAUCCAGGCCGCCUGGCACUUCCUGCAGCCUGAGGUUCUGGCCCGGUACUCGGUGGACCCAGGCCGGGUGGGUGUGACCGGGGACAGCGCCGGGGCUAACCUGGGUGCCGCAGUGGCUCAUGAGGUCGCUAUGGACUCCCAGGCACCAAUCAAGUUCCGGGUGCAGGCCCUGAUCUACCCAGUUCUGCAAGCCCUGGACUUCAACACACCUUCCUACCAGCAGAACCAGGCAGUUCCCAUACUGUACCGCCCCCUCAUGGCCCGGUUCUGGCUGGAAUACCUGGGCGGAGACCCGAGCUACAUCCAGCCCCUGCUGGCUAAUGACCACGCAGCACUGGACGUGAGCCAGCUCACCUCGCACCGGGACAAGCUGAACUGGACCCGGCUGCUGCCGGCCACAGUCCGCAAGAACUAUGAGCCAGUGGUACCGCUGAGGGGCUCUGUGCAGAUGCUGGAGGAGCUGCCAGGCCUGACUGACCCACGGGCAGCCCCGUUGCUGGCUGAGCAGGAGGUGCUGACCCAGGCCCCGCCCACCUACAUCCUGACAUGCGAGCACGACGUGCUGCGGGAUGAUGGCCUCAUGUAUGGGCGGCGCCUGGAGGAGGCAGGAGUGGCCGUCAGCUACGAUCACCAUGAGGAUGGUUUCCAUGGCUGCCUGUCCUUUGCCUUCUGGCCCGCCUACCUGGAGGUUGGAAUAAGAUGCGUGCAAAACUACAUAUGCUGGUUGGGUGAAAAUCUGUAAACAGGUCUACCCAUCCCCGCCCACCUCACCUGACUGCACCCUACCCUGCUGAGCCCCACCCAUGCAGGACACGUCGCUGUUGGUUUACAGAAAAGCUGGUGUGUGGUCUCAUGGUGCUGGUUAAAAUAUUAUAGUCACUGCUUUUAAGAGUAACUGUGGACUUAUUGAGAUUGUGGGUUGUUUAAAUGAGAGAGAGAGAGAGAGAGAGAGAGAGAAUGAAUGGGGCAAAAUCUGUCAACAUACAUUACCAAGAAAAACGUAUCACCUCCGACUUUAAGGACUCACUUUGAGUUUCUACCUAUGUAUAUCUUUUUUUUUUAUAAAAAAAAACGUCUUCACAAAGAGUACUGAAAUGCAAUGUCUACUGGCAGCUUCUUCUUUUAAACAUGAUUAACACAGACACACUGCAUAAACUCUUCAGCCUGAGAACUUGCUGUACAAGAUCAGAGAACAGCGAACUCAGACAUUCCUUUUUACGCGGCUCUGUUGCUUUCGGUUGCCUUGUCAUGUGACCAGUGUCAUGUGACACCUCCAAGGUACGACUAGAAUGUUUACAUUUACAACUAUGUAGAUGACCCAGGGUUUGAUACGAAAAGAUGUGUGCAUGUUUUAGGAUUACAUAUGAACAGUAUUUAUAUGUAAUCUAAUUUAAUUUCUUCUGGUGUUCCUUGAAGCUGCAUAGUGUGUCAUUUGGUCUAUGGAUUCAGGAAUGUAUCAGAAGCAGAUUGUGAGACAGGCAUACUUGGGAGUACAGGCAAUCAUUUCUGCAGUGACACAGCAUGACAGAGACCUUGCAAUGGUGAUCACACUGGAGACAGGAGCAUGCCAGGUAACACUGAUCCCAGCAAGCAGACAUUACAAUCACUGAAGCUUUUUUCUUCUUUUUUUUCUUUACAAAACUCUUCGAACCAUGAUGAAAAAAGCUGUGAAAUUUGCCACCGGUAUGUGUGACUCCUAAGAGCCGCUAUAAAGCUGUUUGUUUGAACGGCUGUCCUUUGGGCAACCUAGAUGGCACCCCUGGAAUUAAAACAACAAAGUGCAUUGUUUGGACGUGGUGGCAUAUGUGAGCCGGGUUGGAUGUGGCAAAAGGAGCUAUCCGAGGUUGCGGAGCAAUCGCAGUCGCUGCCAUUUCCUUAUUCACGUUAAUAAUAAUAAUUUAAUAGCAAGAAUCCCAGGCUGGUGAUAGUAAUCUUUUGCAAUCUUCUGUUCAUUAUUACCUAAUCUUUUAUCUGGGAUCUUUUGCCACAUGAAUGUAAACAUAAUUCAGCUGCACCAGCGAAGGUCAGUAAAGAUGUAAACUCCGGCAGCCUUAAUAAAUAACGUCAGCCACAGUGCUCAGCCGGUGACCGUGGAUGGCCGGACGCUCUCAGGAUGCCUUCAGCAUGGUUAAAAGCCAGGGGUCGCUGUUGCCGUGGUGAUCUUACUCUUCAUCCAGAACCACAGAAUGUCAAAUCUCUUUUCAAUAAAACAAAGAAGCUGUAAAAUUCAA